AUGGCCAGGCAUUUAAGAAACAGAGACAUUGGAGGUCCGGACUCAAACAGUGAUGAAGAUCAUGAUGAAGGAUUUAAGGAUGAUAAUGGUGUACUUCAUACAACUGUCAGAUCGUUAAGAAAAAUUAAUUAUGCUGAGGUUGAACAUGGAUUGGAUUAUUUAGAUGAAUAUGAAGAAGAAAAAAGUAAUGAUAAUAAUGAUGAGGAAGAAGACAAAAAUAAAAAUCAUUCUCCUAAUACUAAUACUUCCUCUGAUGUGAAACAAUCAAAUCCACAUAAUUUUAAUAUAGAUCAGCAGCGAGAAGAAGAAGAAGAAGAACAACAACAACAACAACAACAAGAAUCUCAGACUGAUAUAGGAAUGCAAAACAAUGACCAUGAAAAUGGCAAUACUCCACACAAUUUGAGGAAAAGGAAGAGACGUCAUUUAGACGAAGAUGAUGAUGAAAGUUUUCAUGAAGAAGAUGUUCUUGAUGAGGAUGAGGAUGACGAGGAUGACGAGAACGAAGAAUACGAAAUGAAGUAUAAUUAUUGUGAUGGUUCUAAUAGAAAGUACAGUUAUAAAAGAGGUUCUAGAAAUUUACAUAGGUAUAGAGAUAUCGAACGUCAGCGAGAUAAGAAUUUCGUAGUUCCAGAUGACAGUGAGAAUCAGGAUAGUGACGAUGAGGAAGAAUCCUAUGUAUAUUCCACUAGAUCUAAAACUUCUAGAAAUACGAGAAAUGGUCGUAAUAAAAGAGAUAUGCAGUCAACUAGAUCAACUAGAUCAACAAGGGCUGGUAAAAGGACAAGGAGAACAACAACGAGAACUCCUUCUCCACCUUCAUCAACAACAAGACUAUUAAGAUCUACUAGAAGACGUACUCGACAAAGUAAUCAUGAUUCAGACGAUGAUACUGAGGAUCAUCUGACCUUGGCUGAUGAAAUUAAAGAAUUAGAAGAAGAUAGCCCUAUUAGAGAAAUGAAAAGACCCUUAAGAGAAAGAACGAAACGUAUAAAUUAUGCAAUCCCACCCCCUCUGACAGCAACAAGUGCAGAAGAAUAUCUAAAACAACAAUCAAAUAUCAGUAGUACUGUUGGUCGUGGAGAUAAUAUAUCACCGUCUAGAAGGGGAAAAUCUAACUCAAAUAUAAACCCAACAAGGAGAUUAUUUCCUACUGGUGGACCCUUCGGUGGCAAUGACGUUAUAACAGUGUUUGGAGAAAACUCAGAUUUUUACGGCAUUAACAAUUUUUUGUCAUCAAAUAAUAAUAAUAUUACUAGUAAUGCAAACAAUAAUAAAUUGAUAUUAGAUUCCGAUUCUUCCGAAGAUGAAAUACUUCCACUAGGUGCCAAGCCAAAAUCAAAGAAAAUGGAUGAUAAAAAGAAAAAGAAAAAACCUGAAAUCGCGGAUUUAGAUCCACUUGGUGUUGAUAUGAAUAUUGGAUUUGAAGAUAUUGGUGGUCUUGAUAAUUAUAUAGAUCAAUUGAAGGAAAUGGUGGUAUUACCAUUAUUGUAUCCCGAACUUUAUCAAAACUUUAACAUUACUCCUCCUCGUGGUGUUCUGUUUCAUGGUCCUCCAGGUACAGGUAAGACUUUAAUGGCAAGAGCAUUGGCAGCAAGCUGCUCUACAGAAGAUAGAAAGAUCACUUUUUUCAUGCGUAAAGGUGCUGAUAUUUUAUCUAAAUGGGUUGGUGAAGCUGAACGUCAAUUGAGACUCUUAUUUGAAGAAGCCAAAAAGCAGCAACCUUCAAUUAUUUUCUUUGAUGAAAUCGAUGGUUUGGCUCCAGUAAGGAGUUCAAAACAAGAGCAAAUUCAUGCCAGUAUUGUUUCUACAAUGUUAGCAUUAAUGGAUGGGAUGGACAACAGAGGUCAGGUUAUUGUUAUUGGUGCUACUAAUAGGCCCGAUGCAGUAGAUCCUGCAUUGAGAAGACCUGGGAGAUUUGAUAGAGAAUUUUUCUUUCCAUUACCUGACGAGAAGGCACGUGCAAAAAUAAUAUCAAUUCAUACCAAGAAAUGGACACCAUCAUUAUCAGAGGAGUUUAUUAAUAACUUAGCAAGAUUAACUAAAGGUUACGGUGGUGCAGAUUUGAGAGCAUUGUGUACUGAAGCUGCAUUGUUCAGUAUACAAAGAAAAUUUCCACAAAUUUAUAGAAGUAAUGAAAAAUUGCAGGUAGAUAGAACCCAAUUGAGAGUCACAACGAAUGAUUUUAUGUUAGCUCUGCAAAAAAUGGUUCCGUCAUCUGCAAGGUCAACCGGCUCUGUACCAGAACCUUUGCCAGAAAUGAUAAAGCCUUUAUUAGAUGAUCAAUUUAGAAAUGUUCAGGCUGUUUUGUCCAAUAUACUUCCUCAGAAUCCAUUAAGUUUUCGACAAGAUACUUCACUAAUUCAACAUUAUUUAGAUUACCAAACAGUAGAGGAAGAUUAUGAUGGCAUGAAUAGAAAAGGAACAUUGACUAAUUUAUUUGGUAAACAUGAAUUACUUAAUCAAAUCUCGAAUGCAAGGAUAUGUAAGCCUAGAUUAUUAAUUACUGGACCAAUGGGCAAUGGUCAGCAAUACCUAGGUGCCGCAAUUUUAAGUUACUUAGAGGGUUAUAAUGUUCAAACGUUAGACGUUGCAAGUAUUUUGUCAGAAAGUUCACGUUCUAUUGAAGCAGCUAUUAUUCAAGGCUUUGUUGAAGCUAGGAAGAGACAACCUUCUAUACUUUUUAUUCCAAAUCUUGAUAUUUGGUCACGUACUGUUCCACCAUCAGCAGUUUUUACAUUAGCAAGUCUAUUAAGGUCUUUACAGAGUAAUGAAAAGGUUUUGUUAUUAGGUAUUGCUGAAAUGCUUUCUAAAGAGGAUUUGAUGGAAGAGCCGCUUUCUCAUAUAUCCUUCUUUAACAAUAUCUUUUACAUUGAUAAACCAUCGAAAGAGCAACGUAAAAGAUAUUUCAAGAGAUUGGAGGAAAUUUUGCACAUGAAACCCACAGAAUUUGAAUUAGAAAGAAGACGUAAGAAACCACUGCCUAAUCUACCAUUAGCUGGAAGAGAGACAAUUGCUUCAAAUCUUGAUGAAAAUGGCGAUCUGUUAUCCCCAGAAGAAGUAUUAAGACGAAAAUUAAAAUCCUUUCAAUAUCAAGAUAUGAAAUUAAAAAAUGUUAUUAAAAUUAAACUGUCUGGAUUAAUGGAUCUUUUUAAGAAUAGAUAUAGAAAGUUUAGAAAACCGCCAAUUGAAGAUUCAUUAUUGGUCCAUUUAUUUGAUACUCAACCAAUUGAUUCAAACUGGCAGCCAGCUUAUGUAAAGGAUAAUAAUAUGAUAUUGGAAGUAGCCACAGGUAGACGUUAUUACAAUAUGGACUUGGAUAUUGUGGAAGAGAGAUUGUGGAAUGGUUACUAUUCCGAGCCAAAACAGUUUUUAAGAGACAUUGAAUUAAUAUAUCUGGAUGCUUAUACUACAGGCGAUCGGGAACGUAUUAUAAAAGCUUCUGAAAUGUUUGCUAAUGCCCAAAUGGGUAUUGAAGAUAUAUCUCAACCAGAUUUGAUAAGGGCAUGUAAAGAGUUGAGAAAAAGAGAUUCACAGAGAGAAGCACUUGCCAUUAAAGAUGCCGCACUUAGUCAGGUUGAAGGUGUCUCUGCAGAAACACAAUCACAAACUGAGUUUUUACAGACGUCAUCUAAUGAUAUACAGUCUACUAAUGAAGUUGGCAUAGGAGCUGGUACACAAUUGCAGGCACAAUUGCAAUUAAAUCCCUCUAAAAAUGAUGAUAUUAAUACUAUCUUACCUGUAGAUAUCAAGCUUUCUGAUACUAUCAGUACAUCUGUAAAUGAUAAUAAUCAAGAAUUGAUCUUACAAAAUGACUUAAUCAAUGAUUUGGAUAAUGCAAAGGCAAAUAUUAUAGAUUCUACUGUGACUGAUAAGGAUGAGGCAAAAAUUAAACAGACUGGCCUAUUAUUGCAAAAUGAUGAUGAUUUGAAUGUAUCCAAGGUAUCCGAAAAUCAGUCAGAGCUAAUUGACAAUACUAUUGAAAACAAGAAAUCAGAUUCAAGGUCUAUAGCUGAACAAACAGGGACUGACAUUGAACAAAAUGGAGUGGAAGAAGAUAACUUAAGUGAGGAGAAUAACUAUGAGAAAGAAAUAAUAGUACAGCAAUCAAAAGUCGAUGAAUUGUUAAACUCAUUAGAAAGGAUAACUCAAGAAGCGACAAUAUCCAACUUAGAAGAAAUAUAUUCUCAUAUGAUGAAUAUCGUCUGGCAGGGCAGAUUUAAUUGGGACAAAACAGAAACCCUUAACAAGCUGCUUGAAUUUGCUGAGAAGUAA